AACUCGCUCCAACAGACUUUGUAGUCACUGGACUGGACUGAAGCAACCCGAGGAUAGACAACAUCAGGAUGGCCAUCAGGGGCGACUACCUACAAUCUCCAAUCAGCAUACUGCACAUUGUCCAGUGUGUGUUAUGCAUGCUGGCCUUCAUUUGCUGCGCGUCGACGGAGUGGAACGCGCGGGGCAACAAGGCCGCCUACACCUACUUCAACUUCGUCACCAUGAGCGCGUUCUGGGUGACGCUAAUCUUCUUUUGCGUCUUCCUGCUCGGCGUCUCUGACGCAAUGCCGCAGAUCAAAUGGCGGUUCCUAGAUCUCAUCGCGCAGGGCGUUUGCCUGUUCUUCAUCAUCAUCGCCGCACCACUAGAGGCCGCGCGUGUAGACAGUAUCGCCGGACACAAAGCCGCAGCAGUGUUCGGAUUCUUUGCUAUGGCCGCCUACUUUGUCGGCGCGUUCUCCGCGUUUAUGAAUUGGAGAAACGCUGGAGACAUGGCGCCACCAGCUGCCAGUGGGAUAGUCGAGCAUGGAAACAACAAGAGCGCUCCCCAGUACAACGCAGGCAGCUUUGGAACAUACUAACGUGUCUGUGGAAUCUGCCCACGUACUGAACCUCUACUAGCGGUCACGUACUAAGUUUGUUACAGGGGAUUUGCACUGACCCUGGCAUAAUGCCACCUUUUGACUCUGUGUUACAAGAUCACGCUAUUCUCUAAAUCGCAGAUCUAGAAUAUAUCUAGAAUCGCAAUCUAUUCUCUAAUCGUACACAGCUAUUCCCUAAUCGCGCUAAGACACUUGAUUUCCUUAUGAAUUCGUACUUGAUACAUUGUGAUAUUCAAUACUCUUGUAUAUUUUACGUAACCGUGUAAUAUAUACUACAAUAAAUAAUUUUAGUGCGUGCAUGUGCAUGUGCAGUUUUAGUAGCAGUAGUACAUAAGAUAUCACCAUGUAGCGAGAUUUUGACGAGAGAAGGCACAUACUACGGGGCGCCAUACAGGACAGGCAUUUUUGUACCUAUAAACUUGACAAAA